GCUUGAUUGAUUGAAGACGACGACAACAGGGAGAGGAGAGGAGGAAAGUUUCCUCCUUUCUUGUUCCAAUCCAACUUUUUUCUUUUUUUUCUUUGGCUUUUUUAGUCACCGCGUGAUUACGAAUCUCGUCCUUAUCAACACUCUCAUUUUCCUUUGAAAUUUCCUUACUCAGAUUUUUCUUCUGGGUUUCAUACGUGUGAGAUUGGUUACUUAAACGCGUUCAGAUGAGCAUUAAAGAAGAGCAGGGGGGAGAAGAAAGUAGACUCCUUUCGUCCAGCUUCUGAGAGAUGUUAGCUUUGAGCAAGGGGGUGGAGAACGGGCACGUGGAGCGACUUGCCGAGAGGUUUUCUCAAGUGGGUGUUGAAGACUCUUCUCGCUCGCUGGAGAAAGACUUUAAAAAUGAUAACUUGUUGCUCGUCAUCAAAGCUGUUGAAGCUGCUGAAACCACCAUCAAGCAGCAGGUGGAUGAGAAUAGCCGUUUAAAGGCUGAACUUAAGAGAAGUACUCUUGAACUUGCUAGAUAUAAAUCAGAUGGAUCCUUUCUACAAGCAUCUAAUCUUGGAGAUCAGUCAAAUACUACUACUGUCUCUCGCUUGGCUCACCAGCCAGUUGAAGGGAAGCAGACUGUGAUCAAAGCUUCGGAUGCCGAUUCAUUAGGCAUGGUGGUUGUUCACAACCAUGUGAAUUCUAACGGCGAAGAAGCUACUGUGAGUAAUCGUUUCGAGAUCCCAUCUGAGCAAAAUAUGGUUAAUGGCAUUGUCAAAGGAGCUAGUCCCUCUCUUAUGAGAACGCAGUUGGAAGGAGCGCAUGUCACACAUUUCAGUUCAUCUACUCAUGGGUUUAUGCCGGUUGGAGAAGUAAAUGAUUCGGGUAAUGCUUGGAAGCAGGACCUCAUUCACAAGGUCCAGGAAAACGAACAACAAAUUUUGCAAUUGAGGAGAUAUCUUACUGACUGUUCUGUUAAGGAAGCUCAAACUCGCAAUGAAAAAUAUAUUCUGGAAAAGCGAAUGGCCUACAUGCGUCAGGCAUUUGAUGAACAGCAAGAAGAUCUUGUUGACGCCGCAUCAAAAGCUCUCUCUUACAGACAAGAGAUAAUUGAAGAAAAUAUACGCCUAACAUAUGCCUUGCAGGCUACACAGCAAGAGAAAUCUGCAUUUGUAUCAUACUUGUUGCCUCUUCUAUCUGAGUAUUCUCUACAACCACAGGAUUCUGAUGCACAGUCUAUUGUUAGCAAUGUAAAGGUUAUAUUUAAGCAUCUACAAGAGAAGCUCCUUCUUAGUGAGACAAAGUUGAAGGAGUCAGAAUAUCAAUUAGCACCCUGGCAGUCAGAUGCGAACCACUCAAAUAAUUCCUCUUUGUCCGCAGCUGGUGUAGCGUUAACACACUCAACGAAGGAUUCUCUAUAUGAUCAAACAGCCAUGGCGUGGGAUUCAAAGCGCUGGCAGCAAGAUGAGCCAGGUAGCUCAACUACGAGUAGUUUCCAGUUUGAUGAUUCUAGAAGGUUUUCGCCUCUAGUGAACGUUCACUUCCCAGGUUUUGAGAUGCCUCAGCAACCAGGUACUACUAGUGAAGAUGAAUCUCGUGGUUGGAAGCAAGUAGAGGACACUCCAACUAAGCAUGUUCAGUUUCUCGAGCCUCUCAGCAAGAUAGUGAUGGAAGAUGCAAAAGGAGAGUCAGAUAAUACCAAAAAUCAACCAUAUGUGCCUGCGGUUGAUGAUCCUCCUAGCUCCUCGAAUUCUCCUCUCUUGUCCCCCGUUCUUGAAGAACCGUCUUCCUCAUCCGAGGAGGCUGAGGAUGAUGACCCGUUGCCAGCUAUAGAGGACCUCCAAAUUUCAGGAGAGCCUUAUCCUGGACAUGAGCUUCAGGCCUGUGGUUACUCCGUUAAUGGAACAACAAGUUGUAAUUUUGAGUGGGUUUGUCAUCUAGAAGAUGGAUCAGUGAAUUACAUUGACGGAGCAAAGCAGCCAAAGUAUCUAGUCACUGCUGAUGAUGUUGAUUUAUAUCUUGCUAUUGAAGUUCAGCCUUUAGAUGACAGGAACCGCAAGGGGGAGCUUGUCAAGGUCUUUGCCAAUGAAAAUCGGAAGAUAGCUUGCCAUCCAGAGAUGCAGAGCCAUAUUGAGAAGACUCUUCAUAGUGGUCAUGCUUCAUACGAAGUUUCUUUUUCGACUGGUUUCUUAGAUAUAUGGGAAGAAGCUAUGUUAUCUAUUAAGAGAGAAGGUUACAGUAUCAAGUGUAGUAACGAUAUCAUGGUUGCAGAAAAGUUCUCAUCUUCUACUGCUGUAACAAUCCCGUUCGGGCAACCUGAAGCAUUUGUUAUAACUGGUUCUAAUGGUAUUGAGUAUACCUUACGAGGAGAUCAUGGAUCAGCAGACCUUUGCUGCUCAAGAGAUGCAAUAGUACUCACCCUGAGAUUAUUUACCAUGAGGGUAAAUACAUUUUUUUUAUCUCUAGAAGACAAUGAAACCAAGACAAUGAAAAGUAAUCAGCCACGAAUUAGUAGAUAUAAGCAAAGGUUACUUACUUUUUUUGUUUUGUUUUGCUAAUUGGUUGCAGGCUCUGCAGAGAAAGAAGGGAAAGAAGGGAAAGAAGAAAGGAUUUUUGUUUAACAAAUGAG